CCGCCGUUCUCCCAGUUUUCCAUGUUCAGGCUUCUCGUCAUCAAUAUUUACUCCACCCAUUUUCUUCCAUAUUUUGAAGCAAUCGACCGAGAUAAAGCUUUCAGAAGCCAUACACAGGAGCAAACAAGCUUCCAGCUUCAAAUAUCGUUUUCCGGCGACACCCUCCCUUCUUCGCUCGGUGGCUUCUCGUAUUCUACCGGGUACUUCUUGUUUUCCGGUGACUCCCUUCUUAUUUUUCCGGCGAAGAGUCCAUUCACACCGGUGUUUGCUUCUUUCUGUGUGUUUUCAAUUUUCAUCCAAGUAAAAAAAUAUUUUCACUUUCUCGAGUUCUUCAAAUUAUCCAUCAACGGUAACAUUCGGUGUAAAAAAAGCAGUUUUGUUUUAAAGAUGGGGUUUCUUGAGCUGUUUUCUGCUGCUUCUACGCCUAUUCUCAAAGUUCUGAUAAUCACUGCAAUUGGCUCAUUUCUUGCUUUUGAUUCUGUUGAUAUCUUGGGACCAAUAGCAAGGAAACACGUCAAUAAUGGUGUGUUCUUUGUGUCGAAUCCAGCACUUGUGGGAAGCAAUCUUGCUGAAACAAUCACUCUCGAAAGCAUGAUUUCUAUGUGGUUUAUGCCUGUGAACAUUCUUAUUACGUUCAUAAUUGGAGCAGCACUUGGAUGGUUGCUUUUGAUCAUUACAAAACCAUCUCCACAUCUUAAAGGCCUCAUCUUAGGCGUCUGUUCAGCAGGAAACCUCGGAAAUUUGCUUUUGAUUAUCGUUCCAGCUGUAUGCAAAGAGAAAGGAAGUCCAUUUGGUGAUCCUGAUGUUUGUCAUGGGUAUGCCAUGGCGUAUGCUUCAGUAUCUAUGGCAAUGGGAUCAUUAUUUGUGUGGACUUUUGUGUACAACCUACUAAGGGCAUUUUCUGAAGAUUCUGGUAACAAUGUUGUCAAAGAAACAGUAACCACACAUGAGGAUUUGACUGAAAACUUGCUUCCAUCAUCUACAUCUACUGAAAAAAAACCGAAACUGAAGGUGAUGUUAGAUAAAAUGAAGCAACAAUUGGGGAACUUUUCAAAAGCUGUUAAUUUGAAGGAUAUAUUGGCACCAUCAACCACCGCAGCUAUUAUAGGCCUCAUAGUUGGAAUGAUUGGGCCUCUGCGUAGGCUACUAAUAGGCACCACAGCUCCUCUUCAUGUGAUCCAAGAUUCUGCAUCUUUAAUCGGGGAUGCCGCAAUUCCAACUAUGACAUUGAUUUUGGGUGCUAACCUCUUACGAGGUUUGAAAGGAUCAUCUCGUGUCUCGUUACCAAUUGUGUUUGGAAUCGUAGCAGUUCGAUUAGUUUUGUUGCCAAUUAUUGGCAUUUUUAUUGUGAAAGGAGCGAUUUACUUGGGCUUAGUGCAUGCAGACCCUCUUUAUGUUUACGUUCUUUUACUACAAUUUGCAGUUCCACCCUCCAUGAACAUUGGUACAAUAACACAAUUAUUUGGAGCUGGUGAAAGUGAAUGUUCGGUGAUUAUGAUGUGGUCGUAUGGUUUGGCGUCGGUUUCACUUACCGUAUGGUCCAUGUUCUUUAUGUGGCUCGUGGCUUGAAUUGUUUCCAUUAGACACAUCAAAUAUACAAAUAUCAAAGGGCCCCACCCAACUAGGUAAUGGGGUUAUUUUGCGGGAAUUCAAAUCAGAAUUAUCAUUUAUCAUCAUUUAUAUAAUCUUUUGAUUUAUAUUUUUUUAAUAGAGAAUAAAGUUAGCUCAAUUUGAAUUCUUAUCGAGUUUCAUUGGCUCUAUGUAAGUAUUAGUAUUUAUGUAAUAUCAAGGUUUGUGGAGUUA